CCGGAAACGGAAAACGUAUGAUGUCACAAUACCAUUGUCAACGCCCAGUCACUACCACUGUCUCUUUACAGAGACGCAAAGUUUCAACUUUGAAUUCUGAAAGUUUCUUUGGAUUCUCUUCGGCAGCCACGCUGGACUUGGCCGAUUGUCCGUGAGAGAAACCCAUCAUGCAGACCAUCAAAUGUGUUGUUGUCGGAGAUGGAGCCGUGGGAAAGACAUGUCUGCUCAUCUCCUACACAACUAACAAGUUCCCUUCAGAAUAUGUCCCCACUGUGUUUGAUAACUAUGCAGUCACAGUUAUGAUAGGUGGAGAACCCUACACAUUAGGUUUGUUUGAUACUGCUGGGCAAGAAGAUUACGAUCGUCUCCGACCCCUAAGUUAUCCACAGACAGAUGUUUUCCUUGUCUGCUUUUCUGUCGUAUCACCUUCUUCCUUCGAAAAUGUUAAAGAAAAGUGGGUACCUGAGAUCACCCACCAUUGCCAGAAGACACCUUUCCUGUUGGUGGGCACUCAAAUCGAUCUGCGAGACGAUGUGGUGACAGUAGAAAAAUUAGCUAAAAACAAACAAAAGCCCAUUACCUACGAGCAAGGGGAGAAGCUCGCCAAAGAAUUGAAAGCCGUUAAAUAUGUGGAGUGUUCGGCCCUUACCCAGAAAGGUCUGAAGAAUGUGUUUGACGAAGCGAUCCUGGCUGCUCUGGAGCCCCCGGAACCCAAGCCCAGACGAAAGUGCAGACUUCUAUAAAGAUUUCCUUUCCUAUUGGCUUUCUCCUCUCCUCCAGACAUUACAUAUUAUUAUCUCUCGGCGACGAGUCCAUAAGAAAAUUAAAAUUCGCUCUUUUUCGUAACCCGGAAUGCGUCGGCACUGGCGCCUCAGGACGUUGAGAUCGAGUCUUCAAGGGGCGUCGUCGAAAGGACCAAGACUGAAUUUAUCUCUUUGAAGAAUUUAAAAAGAAAAAAAAGUGCCACUGUUCGUCUCGUGUCCGAGAGAGAUCGCUGGGCGGCAGCGGUCGUUUUUCUUGUGUGUGUGCAUGUUUAGGAAUGGUGAGAAGCGUCAUUUUUUUUAAUCAUUGAUGCAAUACUUUUCUUUUUUUUAGUUUUUAUCUAGUGUUAUGUAAUCAUGUUUAUGUAGAGUAAAUUAUUAUGAAUGAGAUUUUUUCCUCUUGAAGAUUCUGAUGAAUUGUAAUCUGAUCCAAAGUAAUAAUUUGGCUUUUGCGAGCUCAUCGAGCAUGAGCGCCGACUCGAAAUAUUUCGGAGAUAUAUCCCCCACCUCCUUUUUCAACUUUCUACUCUAGCCAGCUGAAUAAUAUUCUUAGAAAUGCAGUUCUUGCCUGUGUUAAAUUAUUUUAAAAAUGUUUCAAAAGUAGUUUUUUACAAAAUGAUAGGAUAAUUUCUGUUAUAAUUAAAAUAGUUUUAUUUUGCAAAUUAGAAAAGCUUCUCUUAAACAAAACCCUUCGGGGGAAAACUGCCCUGUUGAAAUGUUUUCAACAGUGGCAGGUAUCCAUUACUGUAGUCGGCGCCUAUGUUUUCGAGGCUCACUGGGUAUACGACUAUGAUUACUUAAAGUGCCUCUAAACAAUUUUGGGAAGUAUAUUGUUAUAAGUGCAGUCGGUGUAGGUUUCUAGAUUGUUGGACACUAAUGACUACAUGCUCAAAAUGAAUUUUCCAAUACGCUUGAAUUUUUGACUUCUCUUCUUAAUGCAGUCAUUUCGACGGGGUUCCCGUUUUGUGAAUGAAAUGUGUAGGCAUGUCCGUUCACGUACUUUGAAGAAGUUAUUUAUCUGGGCUUACAAAAGGGCCUUAGUUGUUUAAAUGAAUUGCUUUUGAUAGGAAACUAUAAGUCAAGUAAGUGACUAGAAAUUGAAAUUUUCUAAAAUUUAAACUUCAGUACCUUCUGUAUAGUGGUCUAAGGAAUGAUUAAAUUUAAAGCAAUUUGUGUAUGUUUGAUUUGCUGAUAAUAUAAAAUAUUGAAGUGUUCAAAUUUUCUAAUAAAAGUAUUUAAAUUUUUGUAUAAUUUUUCUACAAUCUCUUUCAAUGCCAUACUAGUACUUAUUCAGUUAUAUAGGAUAACUAAUGCUCAACAUAUUUUUACUUAGGAAUUCUUUUAGAAAAGUCUUAAAUGUAUCACAAAUCAUUAGUUUUGAAUCAAACUCCCUUUUAAUGCGGCUUAUUUCCGAUUGCGGUAAGUGGUUGACAGUUGUGGUUUUAUCUCAUAAUAUAUGUAAAUUUAUUAAUCUUCUUUCCAUGAAGAUUUUCAUUGGACCAAUCUCAUGCAUCUAACUCUUAUUCCAAUUGAUUCAGUUUUGUAGGUGAUCCAUUCUUGUCAGUUUUUCAAAAAUCCUUAACCUCCUCAUUCAUGAGGUGCCUGUUGAAUUGAUCACUUCUAUCAUAUGCUUUUUUUAAACCAGAAAUAUUGUUACUUAUUCAUUUUUUCUAUUAGAAAAUAUUAAUUUCAAUGGUUGCCAGUUUCAAUUUAAAUGUCACAAGUUUGCUGUCGGCGACUGAGAAGGUCUAAGAAUUUUUGGAAUAUGUAUCUAAAUUAGCUGAACAGACUUUAUCAGAUAGUCUGCAUGAAAAUGAAUUUUGGCAUUGGGCAUAGCGGGAGCUCCGUCCGACUCCUCUCUGCUUCCCUUCCUCACUUUAAAUUAAAAAGUUUUUUCUCAUUCCGCAGUAGAGGGCUUAAAUGGUUUACUGCGUGAGGCUUUGUAGCCAAUUCAUAAGUUGUAUUAUUUUUUGAAAUGAAUAUUUUGUGUGACCUGUUUUGUUUCCCUUUGUCUUGUUUUGUACGAAUCAAAAGAGCACUGUUCAGCACAAUGUGUCUUCCUAAUAGAUUGCUGUUCAGUAUUUGGCGGAAAUUAACUAAAUUAUCGAGGCUUUACCGCUCCUUUAUGUGUUACGAUAUAAAAAAAAAGAGCCUGUGCCACAGGUUAAUGUACACUUUAUGUACUGGAUAAAGCAAUUUUUAAUAAAAACAAUUAAAUAAUUUG